AUGGCCCCCAAAAUUGCUAUCAAAGCCUUGUUCGUGCGCUGUCCGGUAGAUAGGACGGAUGUCGAAGAAAACAAUGGACAGAGUUGCUAUAAUGCAUUGGUCAAGGUGCUCAUGCCUGGCCAGCUCUAUGCCGGAAAAGGAAAUAAUUAUAGUACAGUCCGUUAUGCGGAAGCAUCCACGAGAGGGAAAUCUCAUAAGAGACAGCUGAAGGAUCCCCAGCGGAAGUCCGUCUAUCAAGGUCAAGUGUCUCGAGUCUCCGCAGCAUCAUUUACUAUAUCCUGUGCUGAAGAGGGAUUGAAAAAUUCGACAUAUACAUCCCCAGGACACAAUGGAACCCAAGAAAAAGGAUCUUUAGUCAAGGAUGAGAUGACCGACACUCGCACAGAAAGGAAUACAUACGUUCAAAGAAGACUUGAUGGAAAGACUGAAACUUCGCUAGUAGAUGGCUUGGAGGAAAGAAUACGUUCUCUGGAUGUUACCUUUGAGGACCAACCCGUGGAAGCCGAUAUCGAAGAAGCAUAUAUACAGGGAGAAGCCUUGACACCACCCGAAAUCAAGUUCUCCGAAGACGGUGACAUGGACGAUGAUUACUGGACUUGGGACCAGAGAUCUCAAAGAUUCCGACACUGGGAUGCGGAACGUGGAGAAUGGUUAUACUUUCCUGAGAGAUUUGAUUGA